AGAACAGAAGGCUGUCCGUGGAGUGCACUUCUUAUCGCGACCGGUAAAUUACACACUUCUAAAAGAGCGGGGCGCAAGAAACGUAUCAGAGCCGGUGAACGUGGCUGAUGUGUGUGAUGUGAGCGCAUUUCAGCUGAAGCAUAUCAGAGUAUAAAAGGAAAACAGAUGCUUGGAUAUUAGCACUCAUCAUGGAGGGCUUACACUGUGAGCCAUGUCAAAUCAGGGGGGUCAAAACCAAAGUACACAAAGAAGCAGAGGCUUUGGAAGAGCGCCCUCUCCCUUCUGAGACCUGGAGCAACAAUUCAAAUAAGGCUACUGGACCAGGACAGAAUUCUGAAUUUUUCCAUUCUUCAGAAGUGGUUGUUGAAGACUCCACUAUUUCUCUUCCUUUCUCAGAAACUUUGUUGGGUUUAAUUGUGAAAAUGCCAGCAUCCUUGCAAACCGUGUGCUGUGGUGGUAGUCCAGUGCUGCAGCCAGUCGAGGUGCAACUGGCAGGGGACGUAGAACCUCAAACAAUAACCACAUCUAUAAUUACACCUCCACCAGGCUGUCUCACUCUACCACUAAUCUUUGAUCAGCCACAGGUGCAGUAUUUAAACCCUCUGUCUUCAUGUCCAAUCAGUGAACACACACAGAACCUUCCCCAUACCCUGCUGCAGAAUAAUGGACUCUCUCAGAAUCUGUCAUUGCCGAUGGGUCAGUCUCAUAGUUGUGAAGGGAAGUCUGAGAACACUGCCAUGUACAGCUCUGAAUUCAUAGCUGCUUUACAACAAUUGAUUCCAUUCCUUAGAAAUUACAGUUCCCCACCUAGUCGAGGGAGUACUUCAUUUCAUGCCUUUGGUACAGGUUUCAUUCCACCAGAAAGCACUUUGUCACACCUCUAUACUGGUUCACCACCAGUUUCCCUGCUCCCUCCUGCCACCUUGCUGGUGCCCUUUCCAUUUGUUGUUCCUUUGCCAGUGCCUCUACCUAUACCAAUCCCAAUCCCACUCUUCCCAGACUCUGGUUGCCUCUCUAGAGCAGGCCAUACCAAUAAAACAAGCAAAAGCACCCAGACAGAAGACAUUCCAGUUUGCACCCACAACAGAACGACUGGCUAUGACUUCCUGCAGUCACCAACACAAUCUCUCCUUCCAGUUUCUCAGGAAGAAGUGCUUGACCUCUCAGUUAAGGUUACGCCAACUCAAACAAAGCAAGAAGUCCAGUUCCAUUGGGAUCAUGUUCUGGACCUUUCUGUGGCUAACAAAUCAUGCCUUGACACCAAACUAAAACAUCAUGGAAGGAAUUCAAGGAAAGAAGAAUCAGCGAAGCUGAUUCUGCCAAUGAAGCGUUCACCAACUCUAGCCAACUGUUACUCUGAUGUGGCAUUUAGCAUGCAAUACAAACGGCCAACAGAGAAGCAGUAUGCAAAUUAUGCCUUAAAGUAUUCUGACCAAAAUGGCAGAGUCAUGACUCCAAAGCACAUACCAAGAGUCACCAAGGAUGCCUCGGUCAGGUUUUGUGAGCAACUAAUACAGCCACCACAUGGACAUGUCUCAAAGAAAAGAAUAGUCAAGCAGAAGAGAGUGAACUCUCAGAAUAUUAACAUUUCUCCAAUCAAGAAACAGCAUUUAAUGACAUUUCAUCCCAGCAAGUAGAUUCCUGAUUGAGAUAAUGUAUUGAGUUUUUGCAGGAUCAUUCUUUAAAUGAUCCUUCUUCUUUACACCCUGGCUGCAUUGGUGGUCAGGCUACUUCAUUUUAGCACUGAUCUCAGAUCAGCCAUAUUUAAGCUUAACCGAAUCUGAAUGAGUUGGAAAGUUGGAAUAGUUUGAAAGAGUGUGUUAUUUUAUAAUAACAACAAGGCUGUAUUAGACGAAUUUAUUGUCCCUGACCACCUCAGAAGUCCUUGUUAGCUUUAAAAAAUCAGGAGUGGAUGUUACAUAAUAAAAUAUGAAAAUAUCUUGAGCUCAUGUUAACCACCAAGCGUACAAUGGAACCAGAAACAAAAACUCAUUUCCAAGCUUUAGGACUCAUUUCUGCAGCACUACUUUUACUUGUAUUACUAACUUCUUCACUUGGUAUUAACUCCUAAAUUUGCAUGUUUAGAAUAGCUGUAAUCAAUAUGAAAGGUUUUUCUCAAUCAUUAGAGAUGGUCCUUGUUAAAGGCUUUGGUUAAUAAUCAAUACAUUGUACACCAGGAGUAAAACAAAGCAUAAGCAAUAUCGUUAAGAAAUUUUAUUUUAGAAAUGUGUACUGGAAAAUGGCUAUAUGAGGUCAAACAUAAACCCUCUUUUCAAGUUUUGUUCCAGUAAAAUAUAUGAAAAAAAAUGUGACCUUUUGUUUUUUUUUUUUAAAUUUGAGCAAUUUAUGCAAAUUGUAGUAUAAAAAUCACUGAAAACUUGAACCUGAGAAGAACAGAAAUGUAGGGAUGCCCUAAGAGCUAAACCGAUGAACUAACAACACACAUAUAAAAGUAUACAAAUCUUUUUUUUUUUUUUUUUUUUAAGUAAAGCAGCAUUGUGCUCAUUAAGACUGAAAUAGCAUCAAAA